AUUCCAACUAGAUGAAGCACGAGCACGAACCGCGUCCAAGAUCGCUGUUCUGCCAUUUAUAAUGAACACACCGAAGGAUGUUAAAGUUCAUGCUUAUCACAGUGUACGGUCAACGACAAUUUUACAAGAAGUGUCGCCUUCGCGAGGCAUAUUCGGCUCGACGAAUUAACGGAUCAUUAAGUGCAGUUGAUUGUGGCAAAAAAAAAUUCUGAAGGAUUUCGUUCACCUCCUCCGGGGGCAAGAUGAUUUCCCAGAUAUUCUAUCUAACACCCGAUAAGAUAGUGAUUGCUUUAGUGGUUCUAUUUAUUUACUAUCUGGACUACCGACCCCCAUGGUGGAAUAGAAGCAAGAAAACACAACAAAGUGUUCCAGGUCCAGCAGCUCUACCAAUCUUAGGGACUACAUGGAUGUUUUACCUCGGUUUCUACAAGCUCCAUGAUAUUAAGGAAUUCUACUAUGCCAUGUACAAAAAGUACGGACCGAUCUUCAAGCAAGAGACGUACUUCAACUUUCCUAUCUACAACAUUUUCGAAAAAAAGGAUAUCGAAAAAGUUCUUAAAAUUCCAAGCAAAUAUCCUGUCAGGCCACCAUCAGAAGCUGCCAUCCUCUAUAGAUUAUCUAGACCAGAUAGGUACGCUAGCGCUGGAAUAACAAACGCACAAGGUGAAACAUGGCAUCUCUUGAGAGCAACGCUGACCCCAAGUCUCACCAGCCCCAAAACGAUGUCCAACUUCAUGCCAGAAGUACAUAGUUUAGCGGAAGACUGGGUGAGUUAUCUGAAGAGAAUCCAAGGGCCCAAUGGCGCCAUAAACGACUUAAGCGAUGCCGUAGUACCACUGUGCUUUGAAACAACUCUAGAUCUAGUUCUCGGAAGAAGACUGGGCUAUCUGAGCCCGAAUCCACUGUCAGAAAAAAGCCGAAAGCUGGUUGAAGCCCUAGAAGGUCACUUUAUCAGCUUAAGGGAUACCCAGUUCAAUUUUCCCUGGUGGAAAUUUUUCCCAACCAAAGCGUUCCGCAUGCUGGGGUACUGGGAAAACUACAUCUAUGAAACAGUACUCGAAAUGGUGGCUGAGUACGGGGACGAGAAUGGCGACGACACUGUAUAUAAUUCAAUACUCAGGGCCAACAUAGACGAGAGGGAGAAAACCGGUGCUAUCAUAGACUUCAUUUCUGCUGGAAUCCACACUCUCAAGAACAGUUUGGUUUUUCUUCUACAUAUGGUAGCGGAGCAUCCAGAAAAACAGGAAAGAAUCGCGAUGGAUUUGAACUACGCCAAGGCGUGCAUGAACGAAGCCUUCAGACUCCUUCCGACAGCAACGCCAUUGAGCAGGAUAACUGAGCAAGAUAUGGAGCUAGGAGGGUAUCAGGUGAAAGCAGGAAGUGUUAUUCUAUGUCACGGUGACAUCGCCAGUAGGAGUGAACAAAACUUCGAAAGGCCCAACGAGUUCCUUCCUGAGAGAUGGUUGGGAGAGGAAAGAUCUAAGUCCGUAACUUCAGGGAUUUUUAUAGUUAUUCCAUUCGGAGCUGGAAAGAGAAUAUGUCCGGGAAAAAGAUUCAUAGAGUUGGUCCUUCCUAUUUUCUUACAGGAAACGGUGAAACAUUACAGUCUUACAACGAGCCAAAAAAUGGAGAUUGAGUUUCAGUUCCUCACAGCGCCGAAAGGACCUGUUUCUAUCAAUGUGAACGACAGAGACUGAAUGAACCUAUCAAUUAUUCCUAAUCUUGGUACAAAAGCAAUACGAUAGUAAGGAGGAGAAUCAUUCAACUUUAUAGGAUAUCCAUAUUUAUAAUCAUAUUUUGUAAAAAAAAAAUUCCUGAUUUAUAUAAAAUUACUUCAACUGAAAUGA